AUGGCACUAGUUCAAAUAUCCCAAUUUCAUCGUGGCCAGCGAUAUCAAAUUCUACCGGCCUAUGCGCAAGAUGGCAUUGUUCUUACUCGUGUCUUCCAGGGUUCCACUGAUGCUUCCGUGUUUGGAGAUUUCACUGAACAGCUUCUCCAGUCCGUCCUGGUCAUGGAUAAUGCAUCUUUUCAUCACACUGAUCGAAUCUAUCAAAUAUGUACAGACGCAGAAGUCAAAUUGAUAUAUCUGCCGCCGUACUCACAGGAUCUAAACCCAAUUGAGGAAUUCUUCGCAGAACUAAAGGCGUUCAUUAAGCGCAACUGGCGACUCUAUGAGGAAGUUCCUGAGCAAGGAUUCGAUGCUUUUCUUGAAUGGUGUGUAGAUCUUGUGGGCACCAGAGAAGAAAGUGCAAAAGGCCAUUUCCGGCAUGCAGGCGUGAUAAUUGAAGACUCCUCUAAAGAACCAACGGUAGCAUGCGUCAAAGACCAACCGCCACCAGGAAUGGGAGAAUUAAACAAAUACACUGUUGGAUGGAUCUGCGCCAUCACCACUGAAUAUGUUGCAGCAAGAGCCUUUCUUGACAAAGAGCAUGAAAGCCUGGAGUAUGGAUUUGCCAACGAUAACAACAUUUACGCAUUGGGUGAGAUGGGAAAACACAACGUUGUGAUCGCUCGGCUGCCCAAAGGGGAGUAUGGGAUAGCUGCUGCUGCCAGUGUCGCGCGAGAUAUGGUACGCAGCUUUCCCAAUAUCAGGAUUGGUCUUAUGGUUGGCAUCGGUGGUGGUGCACCCAGUAAAUGGCACGAUAUCCGGCUCGGCGAUAUUGUGGUUAGUGCACCCCACAAUGGAAAGGGUGGUUUGUUUCAGUAUGACUUUGGGAAAACUAUACAAGACCAGGAAUUUCGGACCACAGGAUUUCUAGAUCAACCCCCUGGUCUGCUUCGAGCCGCAAUAGGUGACAUUGAAGCUGAAUAUGAGAUGAACGGCCAUCGCCUUGACGAAGCAAUCGAUAGUGUGCUUAAAAAGCGACCAAAGCUGCGAAAAAAGUACAAGCGACCAGAGCCAGGUACUGACCGACUGUACUAAUCGCACAUUAUUCAUUCUUCCAAUGAUGUGUG